CCCAUAUCAUCAGUACUCAUCAGAAAAAUUUCCCACUAGUCAGUUCGCCAAAUUAAGUUGUCACACAAUGGCUCCAAGUUUUUCUGAUGCAGAUUCAAUGUUCAAUUUUGUGGUCCGAGAUGGCAAUGGUGUCAAGGGGUUGGCUGAUUUGGGCCUAUCAAAGGUACCGCAAAAAUAUGUGCAACCCCGAGAAGAAAGAAUAGACAAGCUUAAUGCAACCCUUAAUAAUAACUCACCAAUUGAUUUGUCAAAAUUAGAUGGUCCUGAUCAUGACCAAGUGGUUGAGGAAAUUGCCACAGCCGCUGAGACUUUAGGGUUCUUCCAGGUUGUGAACCAUGGCGUACCCGUAGAACUGUUGGAGGCCUUGAAGAUUGCAGCUCAUAGUUUCUUUGGCCAACCAGCUGAAGAGAAAUCUGCCUAUCGCAAGGGUGUGAGCCCUAGCCCGUUGGUGCAGUAUGGAACAAGUUUUGCGCCAGAGAAAGAGAAGGCAUUGGAGUGGAAGGACUAUCUCAGCAUGCGUUAUACUAAUGAUAGUGAAGCCCGCGAAGUUUGGCCUGAAGAAUGCAGGGAAGUUGCUCUCGAGUUUUUGAGAAUAUCAAUCAAGAUGGUGAGAAAAUUAGUCGAAAUUUUGAUGGGGAAGCUGGGAGUGACAUUAGAUGAUGCAAAAAUAGAUGCACUUAUUGGCUUGAAGAUGGUUAAUAUGAAUUUCUAUCCAAUAUGUCCAAAUCCUGAGCUCACAGUAGGCGUGGGUCGGCACUCAGAUUUGGGUACCCUUACCGUGUUGUUGCAGGAUGGAAUUGGCGGUCUAUAUGUGAAAGUGGAAGAAAACAUGGAAGGCAAGAAACAAGAGGCUGAGUGGAUGGAGAUCCCACCAAUCCCCGGUGCUUUGGUCAUCAACAUUGGUGACACAUUACAGAUCGUUAGCAAUGGAAGGUAUAAAAGCGCUGAACAUAGAGUGCGCACUACAAGCGUCCAAUCAAGAGUAUCAAUCCCAGUUUUUGCAAUUCCAAAAGGAACAGAGAAAAUUGGACCAUUGCCCCAAGUGGUGGAGAGCGAUGGUGUGGCUCUUUAUAGAGAGGUUGUGUUUGAGGAUUAUAUGAACAACUUCUUCGGCAAUGCACACGGAGGAAAAAAGUCUCUUGACUUUGCACGGAUCUAUUAGCUAUAGCUUCAUCCCAGCACUCUUUUGUCAUAUUUUCUGUUCCAGUUUCGUUUUGUCAACUAAUCAUAUAUGUCAAUAAUAAUUUCGCUUAAUAAUAAACAUUAAAAAGUUACCAUA